AUGCUGGUCAGAACUCAAACGCUAACUCUUCCCCCUUCUCUCGUUCUGCUGCUUCUGGCUGCCAUCCCGCGUCAGUGUCGUAUGCUCACAUCUGUCAAAUUCUCUCGUUCCCAUUUCUCCUGCCUCCCUGCCGCCCUGAUAAUAGUGCUUGAAGCCAUCAAGGAUCAUUUGCAUCCCAUCUGCACCUCUCAUGGUGUCAGCGUGAUUGACAACGCAACCAAUACCAAGACGUGCCUGUGCGACAGCAGCUACGCGGGUGACUCUUGCGACGAGUUCGUGGGCGUGGGCAUACUGCGCUGUGCGCUGGCGGGUGAUGUGCCCCUGCUUCUCACCGUGCUUGAAGGCGUGACGACGCUCCGUGGCGACCUUGUCAUGUCGGAUGGCUGCGUGACGGCUGAUGCCAUCACCGCCGUGGGCAAGCUCACCAAGAUCGAUGGCAACGCUUUCAUCUAUGACCCGACCACACCGACCCAGCUUGCCACGGACUGGCCUGAAAAUCAUUGGGAAACUGUGACCGGCUGCAUCGCCCUGGCCAAUCUGCCCGAAGCCGGCCUUGUUGGACGCACGCUCUUCCCUGAUCUCACUGAGCUUGGUGCUUGUUCACUCGACGAGGUGGAGAGCAAACUGCCCUCGGCUUACUGGGACACGUUUGUCAACCGAACGAUCCCGCCCCAAAUCUCGAUGAUGCUCAACCACAUUGGAGCGGACCACGAGGCCUGUGUCAGCGGCUGUGACAACAUUUCCCUUGCUUCUAAGCUGCGCACGAUGCCCGGUGCCCUACUGCUAGAUGACCUGCCCGCCCGAGACCUCAACGAAGGUCUCCUGGAACACGUGGGCGGCUUGCACGUCCGUAACUGCCCCCAUGUUGAAAUCUUGGGCACGUCCCAUCUGGCGACCAUUGGCGAGCACGGCCUGCUCCUUCGUGAAACCGGCCUGAAGAACCUUGACGACCUGGCAGGGGUUCAAGUUGUUCGACUUGGCUUUGUGGAUAUCACAAGCAACGACCACCUGGAGAAUGUGCUGGGCUUCAACCCGACUGUUGUCGAGCGCAGCGGCACGGUCAGCACCUCUGUUGAAUUUCAGCUCGUAUGCCAGAACGGCUAUCAUUCAGGCUUUCCCGAGACCGAGUGUACUUGCGCCUCGCCCGAGUACUCGGGCAAGCUGUGCGACACCAUCACCGGUGACUUUUUCUGCAUGGACUUUGCCCAAGCCGAGACCCUCAACCAGACCCUAGCCAACGUGCGCCACGUGAUUGGUAACAUUCAUCUGACUGACACGUGCAUGGAGAUGUCGUUCCUCAACUUCCCCUACCUCACGAGCAUUGAAGGCAGCCUCAUUGUCAACUCCUUUGGCAUGCCCAUUGUCGAGCCAGGCUUUCCGAGUUUGAAGUCUGUCUCGACCGUGCACAUCGAGUCUGUACCCGCAACCAGCAUCGAUUGGCUGCCCGAGCUCGAGACGGUGGGCUCGCUGAGCAUCCAGAACAACGACCAGCUUACCAACCUGUCGGGACUCGCCACGCUGACCACCAUCGACGAGGCACUCGAGAUCUUUGCGUGCCCUGCGAUGACCUCGUUUACCGGUCUCGAGAAUGUGGCGCGCAUUGGUUCGCUCUCCAUCAUCUCCUCAAACCUUUUGACCAACUUUUCAGCCCUCAACGGUGCCGAGCCGGUGCUUCUGCUCGGUCAGAACUCUGCACCAGCUCUGAGCAUUGAUGCGUGCGCAGAUUGCGAAGCUCUUUGGUCGCACUUGGUGGAGACGGUCGAGAUUGCUGACGGCGCCAGUGUCAGCGUGCCGUGGUCUACCUGUGGCGGCUUUGGCACGGUGCCGGCUGGUAGCCUGUCUUGCGCCUGUAACCCAGGCUACACAGACUACAUGUGCACCGGCUACAACGGCGAUGACUUGAUCUGCAACGUGUCGACCGCCAGUGACAUCAAGGCAAUGCUUGCUGGCGUCACCCACCUCUACAGCCCUCUAGUCCUUCUCCUUUAUUGUGGCGCUGGCUCCAGCUAUGGACUUUUGGACACGGUGACAUACGCAGCCGCUCUCUACUUUGAAGAUGCCAUCGAUUAUCAGGGCCAGAUCCCGGCGGGACUGGGCUAUGUGAGCAUCUUUGAGACGCAAUUAUCUGACAUGUCGCUCUUUGGCGCAGUCACGCACAUUGACAGCCUGGAGAUUAACAGCAACGAAUACAUGACCACUUUGGAUGGCCUCGAGAGCCUGGAGACAGCGGGCCAGCUCGUGGUUUACAACAAUCCCACGCUGACCAACGUGGAUGCGCUCGGCAGCCUCCUCAGCGUCACCGGCGACCUCAUCAUCGUCAACAACGAUGUGGACGUCAACGCCAUCGCCUUUGACGUCAACGCCAUCUCCACCAACACCACCCUAGUGCACCAGAAGAGCACGCGCAUCACACUAUAUGGAACAUCGCUGCUUCGAUACCGAGAAGAUGAUGGCUGCUUUCAUUGCCCCGUGGGAGGAUGCCACUAUCGCCAUGGACUCUCAGCCAACCUAAAAUCACACCUCCAGCAUCUGCAUGAGAAACAGACGACACCCAGAGCAGCAAUACCGGCGGCUGUGACUUGCGACCGGCUGCCUGCUCGCCAAAAACCUACUCGGACGCGCAUGAAAAAACGUGUGGUCAAGCUUGAUCAACAGCACGGCAUAGCCGCGGCUCGAAUCUUCAUGUGCGAGAUUGGUUGCCUUGUAUCCCCUGUUUUUGAAUCUCCAGUGUGCACGCAGUGCGGCCAUGUCCUGAGAGGCAGGGCGACGCACCAUCUGUUCAAAAAACACCAUGUUCGGUGCAGCCAGGAAGACAUUGAUGCAGCUAUGGCACUCCUGCGCCCACUGCAGCCCGAAGAGCCGCUGCUUGACCUCGGAGUUGAAUCUGGGCCCCAUAAGCCUAUUGAAGGCAUUCCCGUUCUGGACGGCGUGGGUUGCCCCUUGUGUCAGGCUUGCUUCACCACAAAAGGCAGUCUGUGGCAUCACAUCGUAGCCGAGCAUCCCGACGAAUCAGAGGCCAAGCAGCCGCCUCGACGCGUCAAGCUGCAAAAGCCGUUGCGCGGUGCCGGAGCCCGCUGUAUCGAGGUCAUUGUCGAAGAUGGCCACGAUGCCUCGGCAGCCGACGUCAGCGAAAACGAGGAAGAGCUGGAGGAGCAGCAGCGGUUCAAGCAGCUGAUCUCCAGCACCCAGGCCAUGGCGUCAGAGGCCGAGGAGAAGCGCUGCCCGCACGGCGUUCACCAGAUGCACCCGUUCUACGAUCGUGUGGGCAUGACGCUGAUCCUGAGCGAGCUGACCCCAGAGCAAAUUCUCAAGCUGGGCCACGACACCCCACCCGCACCACUCGUGUCAGGCAUGCACGAGCUCUUGUGGGAGGCCCACGAACAAUUGUCCCAGCACGGCCUGGCGGCUGCUUCCGUGGCGUCCUUGUUCGAAGAUGAAGAGUUGCAAGUUGAGCCACAAACUUUACCCCAAGUAUCUCCUGGCACGAUGAGCAGAUACCUAAACAUUGGAGCGCGGCUGGUGCAUUUUAUACUGCUACUGGACGCACUGCCAGCCCCCGAGCCAUCCAGCUUUUUGAGCCAGGUGCUCGCCAGCCGUGGGGAGGCCAUAACUACAGCUGCUUUGGCCGUGCAAGACGCGCUGGAUGCGGGACUGAGCGGGGAGGAUCUUGUCGAGCCCUUGGCGGCUCUGUGGCUGGCACUGGUGAAUGCAGAGCUACAUCUGUUUGACAACGACAAGGUGCACUUUGUCAACGUGUUUUUGUUGUGCACGGCCGUGUCCAAGGGAAACGGUGUCUUGCAAGACAUCCGGCGCUGGACCACAACGCAGGCCGGUUUGAUUUAUAUUUUCAAGCUGUUUUUGCUCCGGUUUGGCAAGGCACAGCGAUGGGCCACUGCGGGUAAACUCAGAGCUUUCCUACAGCCCGGACGGCUGGUGCAUUUUUUGAGCCAGCGCAUGGCGGCGGCUUGCUCUGCCAGCACGGCCGAGGGGCAGGUUGGCGUGGAUAUUGAGGUGCAAACGGACGGGGACAUGACGGACGAGGCGCUGCACACUAUCGUUUGUCAGGGUACUGAACUCAACGUGAAAGAGAUUGGGACCGCUCUGGCACAGAUGCGCAACGAUAUGAAGGAGGUCUUGGACACCCAUCUCUUGCUGGGAUCUGGUCUGCGAGAGCAACACAUUGGCGAGUAUGCUCGGCUAUGGUCAAAGGAGGAUCGGACCAACAUGGUCAAGAAUUGGUGGGUGGGCCGUGGCAGCCCAGCUGAGCGGGCCCUAUUUGAUCACAUUGGCCAGAAUCCGAGCUUGCGGCAAGAGUUUAUCUGCCCAGAGCUGGGGCCAGAAGAAGCUGAUGAAGAGCUGACCUUUCGAGAAGACCGCGUGCGGGAAUGGCUUCUGUUUGUGGGCAAGUUUAACCAGCUGGCGCUCACCUACACCCACAUGGCUGGAGAUGAGCAGCACGCCUUUCGGUACAUGGACGAGGAAGUCAGCAAGCUGAUUUUCAUGUAUUUGCUCUUGUGCAAGCCUCUGGAGCAAAUGCUGACGAGUUGGCUGGAAAAGCGGGGCACUCUUCAAAUCCCUCACAAUGGUGGGCGUGGAACCUACGACGAUGAUCAGGAAGAGGAGGAUCUGUUGGAGGACGAGCAGGAUGAAGACCACAUGAGCCUCGACGAUGGCAUGACCUUGCGACGCGAGGUACAGGACGCUCAACGCCACUACAACAACAGCCACUUGCUCUUCAACAUUGCGCCUCUGCAGACCAUGCUCAGCCCUGCCUCCAUCUACGCUGCCUUUCGUCGACAAAUGACCACCUACCUGCAUCACCCAACGCUGGGAGUGGCCAAUGCGCAAAGGUGGCUGGGCCCAUCGACGCCGGUAGCAGCUGGCCUCAAUGUGCUUAUCAUCACGGCUGACAAGUUUGUUUGCGCAGGGUCUGACGCCCUGCACGCACGAGCUUGCUUCCAAGGCAUCAGAACCGUGGUUCUGGACGAGGCGCACACGCUCAUCUCUGAUGCCAGCCACCGAAACAUGAUGGCUCAAGUCGGGGCCUGCGUGGCCUCUGGCGGAUGGACCAACAUCAAGCGCGUGGCCUUGACUGAUACUUUAUGCAUGUGCGACCAAGAGCGGCUUUUUCGACAACUGGGCCAGCAAGCAGGGGGCAAACUGUACCGCCUGGAAACGAUGCGUCACAAUGUGGAGCUGCGUGUGCAUCACGGCGACCAGCGGGCCUUCUUGUCGCACGUGCAAGGUCUUGUAGACAGGCAGCGGAUGACGCGUCAGGAGAAUGAGGAGCGUGUGCACAUGAUGGUCUUUUGCGACAUGGUGACCGAGGUGAAGCUGUUGUGUGAUCAGCUGCACGCACGCGGCUAUGCAGCCUUGCCCUACUAUGCAGGCUUGGAAGAGAUGGCGCAGAAGGACCAUCUGGCACGGUGGCAACAAAGUGAAUGCGACGUCAUUGUGGCCACCAGCUGUUUGAGCACGGACGUGGACCUGUUUACCGUCCGUCACGUGCUGUGGUAUGGCAGUGGCCAUGACGUCUAUACCCUGGUAAAGGCUCUCUGUGACGUGUGCACGCAAAUGGCGCAGGAAGUGCAGCCAAGCAUCGCCGCACACAGUGAACAUGUCACUCGAUCGGGCGAGACUGCACUGGAACCAGUGAUGGCUGAUGCAUCGCCACGGCCAAGUGCUGAACGACUUGAUGCAGAUAUCGCAGAGCCUAUGCCUGUGUCAGAUUCACCCACGGUGUCAGAUUCCGAGCUUCAGGCACAACGACUGGAAGAAGCUCGGGCGCAGCCAGUGCAGAACAGUGACAAUCGUCAACCUCCAGCAUCCGGCGUGACGACAGCCUCUGAAGCAGGCUCGGCCAUGGCUGAUUUUUUGCCAAGGCCACGUGCUGGACGACUUGACGAAGAGGCCGCGGAACCCAUCAUGUCUCUGCCAGCAACACCGACGGCAUCUGACUUUGAGCUUGAGUUUGAUUCCCUGACAGAACUUCAAGAAGAUGAUGCACCAUGCUCUUCCAUGCCAGAUCUGCGGGCCAAAACCACUUCAGAGAGUGGAAGUGUGCCUCGGCCCGCAACAGAAGCUGCAGCUUCAAACGAGGCUACGCAGACUUCCACAGCUUUAUUGCCUCGUCUUGGAGCACCGUUGCCAUCUCUACCGGUACCUUCGGCCUUGCCGAUACGUUUGCCCGUCCCAUCUGCUCCCGAUGCCUUGUCACCACGGCCCAGGGCAAACGUUCCCUCGGCAGCGCUGCGGCUUACGCGUGCCCGCGCUCUGGCGGAACGAAUAGCUUCCCAAGCCUCAUCCAUGGAGAGCUCCUCUGACGGUGACGGCCCUCUUGAUAUAGACCCUGCCGCAGAGGCCGAGCCCACGCAGCACCCUUGCUCUUUGCUGGGCAAGCAAAGGUCUGGACUUUCUGGCGCACACUCUACGCGCCCUUCUGCCAAACGUGUGGCAUCUGAUACAUUGCCCCCGGCUGCUUUAUCAUCGCAAGGAUGUGAAGCGGCGCCGAUGCCACGCCUGAGAUCAAACAAGCGAGCCAAGACGACGCGCUCGCGCCUGAUCCACAAGGCGGCGGCUGACAAGUUUCUGGAUGCGCUGAGGUUGAUGCAUGCCUAUUGCAUGCCAUGUACCAUUCGCCAGUCUCAAGCCGUCUGGAAACCUCAACAUAUCUGUCCCGAAUCAGACGACACAUGCACCCGGUGCCAUCUCGCGGGGCACAGUGCCGAUGAGUGCAACAUCGAUUUUGAAUCUGCCACACGAGAAUGUUGCGCCAGAUGUGGCAUGCCAUCUAGGAUUGGCGGCCACCCCUUGAAGCAUUUGCCGAGCUGUGCAAUCGAUAAAGGCCUCGGACGAGUCUUGAGCUCCAUCAUCCUCCUUGCCGACUGUCAUCCGCGGCUGCGCCAACUGGCCAAGCGGAUGGGAUACAAUCUUCGGCCCGGCACGCUGCAGACGCGACAUUUUCGCGAAAGAUUUAUUGCAUGGCUGUACUCGGAAGACCAGCAUCUGCCGGCAGGCCAUUGGCACCUUGUGGAGUUUGUGAUUGAAAGCGUUGAGAUUUUGAUCGGGGCAGCCGCGAGGGCUGUGAUAUAA